CUGGUGUUUGAGACCAAGAGUGGAGAUCUGUGCGUCACCCAGAAGGAGGAAGGGUACAUCAUGGACUUUCCUCUGAACCCCCCCACACGACAGGAUCCCAACGACUUCAUAGAUACCAUCAAGGCGGCAGUGGGAAACCUCCCGGUUCAGGAAGUUUAUCUGUCCAACAACACCAAGAAGCUGCUGAUUCGACUGGCUGACAGCUGUGACACCUCCAUGCUUACCCAUCUGAAAGUUGACAGUGUGGCUCUUCAGAAUAGUGAGAGAAGUGGAAGAGUCAGAGCCGUCGUCGUCACUAUGAAAGGAUCACCGGAUUGCCAGCCAGGAUAUGACUUUUACUCCAGAAACUUUGCUCCAUGGGUUGGCAUCCCUGAGGAUCCUGUCACUGGAUCUGCCCACACAGUCCUAGGCAGCUACUGGUCUGACAAACUAGGAAAGAAGAAAUUGCUGGCUUACCAGUGCUCUAGUCGUGGCGGCGAGCUGGAACUUGAAGUGAGAGAUGAUGGAAGAAUCAACAUAGCUGGACAGACCAUCACUAUUCUGCAGGGAACAAUCAAACUAUAGGCUGAGACACAUCCGAGAAGACAGUGACCGAUGUGCUAUCACAGCUGUCGUGUUCCUGCAGAUACACUUUAUGGCUCUUGAAUAAAAAUGCGAUGGUUCAAAUUAAAAAAAAA